AUGGAAUUAGGAGAGUCUAUUCCACCAGCUACACUUCAUGCAGUCAGUGUUUCUCUCCCAACGUGGCAAGACAAUAUAGACUAUGAGGAAGGGAGAGCACGAGUUAUCGAUAAGUUAAGCACGGGUUACCCACGAUCAAUUACUGCUUUUUCAAAAGAAUUACUCGAAAGGUAUGGUAAAUCGUAUCACUCGCACGCACUAUUACUUCCUUCAUCAAGGGCUGCAAAAAGAUGCAUGGAAUUUUUACAAUCAGCUAAAAGUAUGAUAUUACCGGAUCACUUCCAACAAUUAGACUUCGUGCUUGACCAUAGCAAAACGAAUUUAGAGGCGCUAAAACGCUUGUCGCCCUCUAUUUCUGCUGUUUUCUUUCCGGCAGAAGCUUUCACAACUGCAAAGAAAUACUGGCAACACACAGGUGAAGGUGUAUCAAGUAGAAAAGUCGAAUUCUGCCAUAAACUCUUCACAGAGGGUAUUCUAGUAGAACAAGGUGAAGAUUCAAUUUCCAACCUCAUGGGAACACGUGGGGUUUGUACGGGUCCGCGGCGUUAUCAAAAGGGAGUCCGAGAAAAUUCAGGUGUUAAGACCUUUUCAAAACAAGAAUUUAGUCGUGAUGAAUCGAAUGAGAUAGCUCCUGUUAUCGGUUCUGAGGCCCAAGAAGAGUCCCAAUUCUUAGAGGAGAGAUUUGGACGUAACCUUGAUGUAUCAUUCGCUGACAUUGCGAAGUCAGCCAUUCGGCGACGAAUAGCUGGGCUAUCGCUUGACAAAAAUGAAUCCUCGGGAACAAGGGAGCUAAACAUAUGCAGGAACGGUUCUAGGGACGCUACGCUCACGGAAAAUGAUGUUUACCUUUGGCCUUGCGGGAUGAAUUCGAUUUUUAACACGCACAAAAUGCUAAUGGAGGCUCGAGGCACCAUGAAAAGUAUAUACCUUGGAUUCCCUUAUGUCGAUACUUUGAAGAUCCUGGAAAAAUUCGGACCAGGCUGUCUCUUCUAUGGAUACGGUUCAUUGGAAGAAUUUGACGAUCUUGAGGAAAGGUUGAAGGCUGGCGAGAAAUAUCUCGCACUAUUCUGCGAAUUUCCGGGAAAUCCUUUACUUACGGCUCCCGAUCUCUUGCGUAUUCGGAAGCUCGCUGACACUUACGAUUUUGCGGUCGUAAUCGACGAGACAAUCGGCAACUAUACCAAUGUAGAUGUCCUACCAUACGUAGACGUUGUGGUGAGCAGCUUGUCCAAAAUAUUUUCGGGUGAGUGUAACGUUCUCGGCGGGGCAUCUCUCCUAAAUCCUAAUGGCCGCUAUUAUCAUAAUCUUAAAAAAAUAGCUGAGAAUGGUGAAUAUGAAGAUAACUAUUGGCCAGAGGAUGCUAUUUUCAUGGAACGCAAUAGUCGAGAUUUUGUUGUGCGAAGUAGAAAAAUUAACGAGAACGCUGAAGCCAUCUGUAAAAUUCUGUUGGAAAGCCCAAUUAUAAAAGAUGUCCAUUAUCCUAAGUAUAAUACUUCAAAGAAUCACUAUGAUGCUUGUCGCAGACCAACCGGUGGAUAUGGCGGUCUUAUUUCCUUCGUAUUUCAUCGAAAAGAGCAAGCCAUUGCUUUUUACGAUCGAAUUGAGGCCGCCAAGGGGCCAAGUUUGGGCACCAAUUUCACGUUGGUGUCUCCAUAUGUUUUGUUAGCACAUUAUUUUGAAUUAGAUUGGGCGGCACAAUUCGGUGUUCCUGAGGAUCUAAUUCGGAUUAGUGUUGGUUUGGAGGAUCUGGCAGAUUUGUUACCUAAAUUUGAGAGUGCGCUCCAAGCUGCAGGUAAAAUAGCCAUUUGA